ACCUCUACGUACCACGGAUGAAUGAAGGAGUGGGGGCAAGUCAAAUUAUACGAGAGGUGUUGAUUACCUAGAAUUUUUAGUGUUUUCUUCUCCGUUAACUGAGUAAUCUUGUAGUUUUUGAAAUUUGUGCGGAGGUGCAAGCCAUUCAUCAAUUCUUCGUGGCACCUUAGGGUGAUAUACCUUCCACAAUGCCUCUCGAAUGGCUAUUUGGUCGUCGCUUGACGCCAGAGGAGAUGUUGCGUCAAAACCAACGGGCUCUAAAUAGAGCUAUGAGAGAUUUGGACAGAGAGAAGGCUAAAAUGGAGCAGCAAGAGAAAAAGAUUAUUAUGGACAUCAAAAAGAUGGCUAAGGAUGGGCAAAUGGACUCUGUCAAGAUAAUGGCCAAGGAUUUAGUUCGCACCAGAAAAUAUGUUAAGAAAUUCAUGUUAAUGAAAGCCAAUAUCCAAGGAGUCUCCUUAAAAAUCCAGACACUUCGUUCUCAAAAUUCUAUGGCUGAAGCUAUGAAAGGUGUCACAAAAGCCAUGCAAAAUAUGAACAGGCAGAUGAAUCUACCUCAAAUCCAACGCAUUCUCCAAGAAUUUGAGAAGCAAUCUGAAAUCAUGGACAUGAAAGAAGAAAUUAUGAAUGAAGCAAUGGAUGAUGCAAUGGAAGAUGAUGGCGAUGAGGAGGAAACAGAUGCUGUGGUGUCACAAGUUUUGGAUGAGCUGGGUCUUCAGUUAACAGAUCAGCUGUCUGGACUUCCUGAAGCAUCGGGUUCAUUGGCUGCUUCAUCCUCCAAAACACCUGCAGCUGCUGCAGCGGCUGCUGCUGGAGGUGGUGGUGGAGGUGGUGGUAGUGGAACACCAACAAUGUCUGAUGCUGAUGCCGACCUGCAGGCUAGACUUGAUAAUUUGCGUAGAGAAUAAGCUUUAUACUUUGCUGAAAUUAACUUAAAAUUGAACCUUGGUUGAUACCAUCAUUUUGCACUGACAAGAUUUUUAAAUGAUACAAUUAUUUUGUUUGGCUCUUUUCAUUUGUACCUUGUACAGAUGUUAGUGUCAGCUGUACUGUGACCAAGUUGGUGACUGUUUAUACUAGCCAAUGUUUUGUUUUUUUAUUUAUCUGUAACUACCUACACUUCUUUUGCUUUUUAAGAUAUUUUAAUCAUAAUGGUAUUAAUGUUUAAUCAUAAAUGUGUAGCAAACUCAAUUAUAAUUUCAGCCAAUGAGCACAUAAUUUGAUAAUUAUGUAUGUUACCUUAGAUUGACAUUGUUUGUCUGUAAAUUACGGUGGUCAUGAGACUUUUGAAACUAGUAAUACCUAUUCUCAUGUCUUAUUUGAGAUUAAGUCAAGCCUGGGUAAUCAUAAAGAGUAUGGUAGGGUCACAGAAACAAAAUUUCUCUCAAACUGUACCAUGUUUUCGGUACUACCAAACACCACAAAUGUGUUGUGCUGUCACAGCCAUUAAUUUCGUUGCUACAUAAUUAUAUUUUCAUCUUUCAUGCUGUAUGUGCUGUUUAAGAUGUGCAAUUCUACUUUUUUAGAUUUUGCACAUUUAUUUGGAAGUUGAACCAAUAUCUAUCAAAAAGAAAUGUAUAUUGUAAGAUUUAUGCCACACUCAAUAAUCUUUAAAUCUACAGUAGACAAAUUAUUUUUUUCUAAACUUCAUCUGUUUUAUAUGGUCCUUCCAAAGUCGCUGUGAUAAGUUUGCCUUGUUGGAAUUUUUUGUUGUGUUAUUCUGCUUAAAAAUUAAGGUGGAAACCCUUUUGUUCGAGGUACAGAUAAACAUAUUAUCUUUUUCACA